GCGGCUUCUCUCGCCGCCGUGGCCGCUGCCGCUGCUGCUGCUGCUGCUGUUGAUGAUGCCGCAGCCGUCGCCGCUGCUUUUGCUACCGCCUCUGGAGUCGCGCUAGAGAAGGAAUCGAAACAGCCGCGACGACAAGAGCAAGUGAUGCACCGAGUAGAACAGUAAGAGAUAGAGAAGCACGGCAGAGGCCAUGGGCCAGUCGGUGUGUGAAGAACAAACUCCGCGACCCAACGGGAUCUGCAUGGCACCGCUCGAUAUCGCUGCAAUUGAAUUGGUAUAGUUGUUUGGAAUAUCGUUGUGUGUACGACAGUCAGUUACACGGUUCAGUCAGCGGUGGAUGUGCUACUGAGGGGUAGUUCAGUAAGGUACGAACAGCAGUUGAGAGAGGUUUUCCAUUGUAGUGCGAUUCAUCGACCAGCAAAGUCCCCUAGGCUUUAGCCACGUACUGUGCAGGUGAAGUGAUUUCUACAUUAUACGGUAGUAACGGACAGUUAUCUCCUCCUACCGAGUGCUAAGCUAUGCAUGUUUCGAAGCGCUGUAUGUGCGUUUGUCGUUCAAUUACUCGUUUUUUUGGCGUACCGGCCGAGCUACUUGUCAUGAGCCGUCGUAGCCAAUGUAAUUUGGUGUCGCGCCGGUAGUCGCAGCAGUAAAACUCGAGGUAACAGUGAUUAUGACUGCGACAUUGUAGUUAGCAGCUGGUCGGAGCCUGUUGUCUCGCAACAAAUCGCAGUUGCCGGAGGUGGCGUACCUGUAAUUAAGGCAAAUAACAUCGAUUGGUGGCUCGUCAUGGUGAACUUCUGGGUGAAAGUGUAUUUCUGUGUUUACUGCUAUUACCGGUACGUUGGAAGUGGUUAAUGAUGACUUCGAUGCAGUGUACCAUUAUGAAGUUUAUUGCUUGUUAUAAUACCUGAAGACGACAACGAUGUUUCUAUAAUUAUAAGAAACGAUUUUCUCUACCACAUUGGAUAUGGGAGUGUCACCGAAAGUAGUUAACAGUGAGAAUCGUUGACAGGGAACUAUUUGCGGUGGUGCAAUUCGAGGAUUAGCAACACGUUUUACUAGUUGAUCUCAUCGUCUAUCGUUAGUGCCCGUGAAGAAAACGAGCAGUAUGUGAAUUCUGUAGAUGCGGCUGCUUCUUCGUUUGUUGUUGACAAACAAAUGUAAAAAAUUAAUGAAGAUGACAAUUACUAGUUCUCAUGACAUGUAUUAUGGUUCGGGUCACCGAAAUGACGGAAAAAUCAGUAGUUAAGUCGACAGCUGAAACUGCCAAGCAUCACAUUUGCAAAUAACAAAAGCUUCAGGUUGAGUGUCAAUGAAGACGCGGUUAAAGUUUUCGGGCCUACCGCGAUGCCAUAUGCUAUGGCUGCUGCUCGUAGCAUUCGCGGUAGGCUCAGGCGGGGGGACGACUCGUGAAGUGUUCGAAAUCAAAGAGGGCCUUCCCAUAGGCACGUCCGUGGGCUUCAUUCCAAUGCGGGCGAAUUUCACAUAUCGCUUCAAUGAGCCGCCGCACGAGUUCGAGCUAAACGCGACAACUGGCGAGAUUCGCACCGCGGUUGUACUCGACCGUGAAUCUCUGCCAAGCGAACGUCUUGAUCUAGUUGUGCUGUCUAGCCAGCCAACGUAUCCGAUUGAGGUGAGAAUCAUCGUUCUAGACGCCAACGAUCAUGCUCCUCUGUUCCCCGAAUCGUCGCUAGCCGUGACCCUGAGUGAGGCCAGUGCUGUCGGCACCCGAGUUCUGCUCGACGCCGCUAGCGACAAAGACGUCGGUCAAAACGGCGUCGCGUCGUUACGUUACCGCAUCGUGGGGGGCAACGAUGACGGCAAGUUCGAGCUUCGGACAACGACAAACCCAACGGCUGACAGCGUCUACCUCUAUCUUGCAACCGUAGGCCCACUCGAUCGCGAGCAGACUCCUUCGUACCGGCUUAAUGUGUCGGCUGAGGAUGGGGGCCAACCUCCGCUUCGAGGCUACCUCCUUGUCAACGUUACGCUGUCAGAUGCCAAUGAUAACCCACCAAUGUUCGACCAAUCAGCAUAUACUGUCAGCCUCGAUGAAGGCGCCGCCGCUGGCUCGCGGGUACUCGAGGUUCGAGCGACAGAUGCUGAUAUUGGGGACAAUGCACGUCUUUCAUAUCAUCUGCCUGAAGGCGAAACUCGCUUUGCAAUUGAUCCGCAAACGGGAGUUAUCACUACAGGGAUCGACCGGGUAAACUGUCCUGUCACCGCGUCGAUCAAACUCGAAGAAAAAGGCAAGCACAUUGGUCACGCUACGAAUAAAAGCUGUGUUCUGACGGUGUUUGCGCGUGACCAUGGUUCGCCAAGGCAGGACGGUCGGACGUACGUGACCAUCAAUUUGCUCGAUAGCAAUGACCACGACCCGCAGAUUUCGUUUCGCGUCUUCGGCGAAGCGUCCGACAUGGACGCGUCAGUGGAUGAAAACGCGGAAAACAACCAAGUUGUAGCAGCCAUCUCGGUCGUCGAUGGCGACGAAGGUCCCAAUGGUGAAACUGACCUGCGUGUUAUCGGCGGCAAUGAGCUGGCCCACUUUCGACUUCAGAACUCAGGUGAUUUCUACUUACUUCGUGUGGCCGGUGUACUCGACCGCGAGCGGGUUCCCUUCUAUAAUUUGACUGUAGUCGCUACCGAUCGGGGCAUUCCAAUGCGCGCGUCGACGGCUCACCUUGUUGUGCGAGUGAAUGACGUCAAUGACCAUGCACCACAAUUCGAGAAGGCCGAGUGCAUGGUUUCACUGAGUGAACGUACGCCUCCAGGCAGCUUCGUUGAGUCAUUAACGGCGACCGAUGCAGACAGCGGCAUAAACGCUGAAGUAUUCUACGCCAUCGAAGCGGGUGAUGAACGACGUUGGUUUGCUAUCGAUAGACGUUCGGGAUUAGUAACGACAGUUCGAGAGCUAGAUCGUGAGGCGUUGUCCGGGCAGGAUUCUGUUGAACUAAAAAUACGAGCUCACGAUGGAGGACCGAAUAGGAAACUGGCGUACGCGACAUUGCGCGUUCAGCUCCUAGACGAAAACGACGAAGCGCCAACAUUCACUGCGCCUGGAGGACAGCUAAACGUGACUUUAAGUGAGAAUUCACCGCCUCACACACUCGUCGCCAUUGUCGCCGCUACUGAUAAGGACUUGGCAGCCAAUGGGUCAAUCACUUAUGAGCUUCAUCCAUCGGUAGAAAUGCUGUACGGUGGUAUGUUUGAAAUUGAUGCAGCAUACGGUAAACUGACGACGAAGACGACACUGGAUCGAGAAAAAGUUUCUCAUUAUCAACUAAAGGUUAUAGCACGGGAUAAUGGCACGCCGUCGCUCUCCUCAACGCUAGAUAUUUCCUUAAAUGUAGCCGACGUCAAUGAUAAUAAACCAACGAUAUACCCUGGCGUAUAUUUCUAUCAAGUAAACGACGGGUUACAGCCUGGAGAGUUUACUGCUAGGAUACGAGCGUUCGAUCCUGAUGAGGGGCAAAAUGCUAAAAUAAAGUAUAGUAUAGUCAGCGGAGCCGAAGUACGAUUUGCGAUUGAUGCAUCCAGCGGCCAGAUCGUAAAUACCCGAACUCUCGAUGUGCGUCAACAAGCGCGAUAUGAGAUCACAGUUAUGGCCACAAACGUCGAGCCUUUCGAGGUAAUCCCUGGGGAAAGCACAAUCAAUAACACGCCAAGUACAGCGAUGGUCGUCGUGUUCGUUCGAAGCCGAAAGCAACAACAACAACAACGAGUCGACCAACCAACUCUUCAUCCGCAACCAUCGUGUGACAAGUCAUUUCAGCUUCUUGAGGACCCUGGGACUAUAGGCGGUGGCCAUGGGCGAGAAAUCGGUCAACUAUCAAAACUCGAUGGGGCAAAAUAUUCCAUUGUCGACGGAGAUCCCCACGGAUGGUUCCGUAUCGACCCGCUGCAAGCAGUCAUUAGAACAAGUGGCACAGUAACUAUUGACCGCGAAACCUCAUCAUUCGUAGAUCUGCUUAUUGUAGCUAACACGCUUGCUAACUUUACUACAUGUACUGCUAGAAUACAUAUUGAAGACGUGAACGAUAAUCCUCCUGUAUUUGCAAGACCCUACGUAGAAAUUAGAGUUCCUGAAUCAUUCGCAGUUGGACUUGAGUUGUUUCUAUCACAAGCAAAAGACAUCGACGACGGGGACAAUGCUCGCAUUAGCUACUCGUUAGAAGACAGCAGUGACGGACUUUUUGCGAUUGAUCAGGACAAUGGAAUUUUAGUACUUACACGUUCGCUACACGAUCAUGCAGGUCGAAUCAUUCAGAUAGAUAUCAUUGCAACGGAUGGUGGGAAUCCUCCCAUGUCAGCUCGCCAGCGUGUGCUUCUUGCUGUGGUAGACGUAAAUGAUCACACUCCCACCUUUGAUCAGGCAUCUUAUGAAACCAGCCUUCCCGAGCUGAUGGCACUUAACGAGCGAUUUUUUACUGUACACGCAAGUGACGGCGAUAUUGGCGACAAUGGCCGAGUGUCGUACAACAUCUCAUCGGGAAAUGAGGACCUUCGUUUCGGAAUCUUUCCAGACGGACAGCUAUUCGUUCGACGUCCGCUGGACCGUGAACAGCAUGAACUUUAUGAGCUGGUAGUAACAGCGUUUGACAACGGAACGCGCCCACGUAAUUCGUCGGUAACCGUUGUCGUGCACGUUCUUGACGAUAACGACAACGCACCGCGAUUCGAAGGUUAUGACGUUGGAGCGAAAAAUAUGAGUUUUCACAUUGUGGAGAACCUGCCACCUGACAGUUAUGUGGGCACACUUGUUGCCUCAGACGAUGACAGUGGUCGCAACGCGGAACUCAGUUUUUCACUGGCUGCCGCACAUCUGAGCGAUUUCUCUGUGGAUACGAAAUCAGGCGUCAUUCGAACUUUGAGGUCAUUCGACCGCGAACAACUUGUGCAGACGUUUGGCCAUGGAGAUCUAACUCUUGAGGUAACGGUUUGUGAUAAUGGCGUACCACGCUUGUCAGCCACAGCUCGUGUGGUAGUCCACAUCGAUGACGAAAAUGAUAAUGCACCCACUUUUAGUCGACUUGUUUAUAAGGUCUCGCUUUCGGAAGCCACCCCACUACGUGCACAAGUGGCGCGGGUUUCCGCCAGCGAUCCUGAUUCUGGGGUAAACGGAUUAGUGUACUAUGCGCUAGUUGGCAAGCACGCCGAUGCAUUUUCUGUUGAUGAACAGAGUGGGCAAAUUUUUCUGGCAGCGCGGUUGGAUCGAGAGCGUCAGGCUGAGUUUAGUUUGACGGUGGUAGCAAGUGAUGCUGCUCCACCGACCCUCCGUCGAUCGGCCAUGACAAUGGUUCGGGUGACUGUCCUUGAUGAGAACGACUGCGCCCCCGUGUUUCGCAUCGAUGGACCAGCUAAUUAUAGCCAGGGUGCCGAAGUUCCUGAAGAUGCCGAACUUGGUAUUCGAAUCCACCAGUUCGCUGCUACAGAUGACGAUCUCGGUGUUAAUGGCGAAGUAUCCUUUUCCAUUAGAACUGGAAAUAUUAAGGACACAUUUCGUAUGGACCCUACAACUGGUAUACUCCGGCUGCAUAAGCCACUCGACUAUGAACUACACAAAGUUUACACAUUGAAUAUCACUGCGUCUGAUGGUGGUUCGCCUCGACUUACAUCGGUAAUCCUGUUUACUGUACGCGUGGCAGAUGUCAAUGACAAUGCUCCGGUGUUCCCGAACGGCGCAAUAGUUCGCACCUUGCACGAAGGGGUACCAGCCGAUACACUGGUAGCAACUGUGGUUGCCAGCGAUCGUGAUUCGCAACAGAAUGCUCGUAUCACUUAUGCAUUGAGCGCGCAGAGUCCUGCCACGGAAUCUAUGCACUUUCGUAUCCGGCCUGACACAGGGGCCUUGUACACCACUCGAGGGAUGGAUCGCGAGCUGGUCGAUAGCUACUCUUUAACGAUAACAGCGAUCGACCACGGGACACCGGCGAGGAGUGCACACAAGGCUGUUACAGUACUCGUCGAAGAUGUUAACGACAAUGCCCCGCGUUUCAUCUCACUUCCGGCUGCCUCGUUGCCGGCUGAAGCUGAACGAGGUCAUCGAGUUGCUGUCGUAGCCGCUACCGAUCCUGAUGCUGGUGCGAACGGUCGGGUCGGCUAUGAAUUGGUAGAUGGUCACGGUCAUCAGGAUCUAUUCCAUUUGGAUAGAAGCACUGGCGAAAUUCUUCUAAGUCGUCGAUUGCCUCCUGUUUCCGAACGUCAAGUCAGUUAUCAGUUAACAGUGAGAGCUUACGACGAAGCGUCACUUUCUCAGCGGCGUUUCACCAAUAGAACAGUGACUAUUCUAUCAACAUCCAUGGAUAGCGAUAGGCCGGCGCCACGCUUUGAGCGUAAACAGUACAUCGGGUCUGUGAGUGAAAAUGAACCUGUUGGAACGCCAGUACUAAGCGUGCGAGCGUUACCAUCGGCGCCCAGUUCGGAAUUAGAAUACUACCUUACAGCGGUGGCAGCUAGAGGAGCGCCCCAGGGCAGACGUUUUGCCAUCGACCUACAUACAGGACUCGUCGAGACGGCUGAACCCUUAGAUCGGGAGCAGCAACCCGGACCUUAUGAGCUCACCAUUCUCGUGACGGACCGCCGUGCAAGCCCGCCAACUACAGCAAACGCCACCGUAAUCGUCGAAGUGACAGACAAGAAUGACACUCCCCCACGUUUUUCUGGAGCACCGUACGCCCUACGACUGUCUGAAGACGCCCCUACAGGCUCAACCGUGUUGACCAUUCGUGCAGACGAUCCCGAUCGCCAAGGCUCGAUCAGUUUCGAAAUUGUGAGCGACGCUAGUGAAAGUAACAGCGUGAAUUUAAGUUCGACGGGAUGCAGCAGUGGACAAGGAAACAAUGACCAUAGGCUUUUUCAAAUGGACCCAAUUCGGGGCCACGUGGUGCUUGCGGAACCCCUCGAUCGCGAGCUUUGUCCUGAGCAUCGGUUCACAGUUCGUGUUAGCGAUGGCGUACAAAGCGCACUUACCCCUGUUAUUGUUUCCGUACAGGACACCAACGACAAUCCGCCAGUGUUCAGUUCGUCAGUUGUAUCGUUCGACGUGGCAGAAGACACUGCCCGAGGCACGCGCAUUGGAGCACUUAAAGCCUCGGAUGCUGAUGCUGGUGCCAAUGGUCAAGUAUCCUUCUCCUUGCUCUCCGAUUGGGGUAACGAGCUCUUUGCACUCAAUCCUCACACUGGGGAGUUCACUCUUACUGCUAGCCUCGACUACGAACAGUAUCAACAUUAUGUGUUGGUUGUACUCGCCCAAGACGGUGGAUCCUCAGUGCGUCUUUCAGCUACGGCAACAGUUUACGUUAACGUGGUAGACGUGAAUGACAAUGCACCGAUUUUUGAUCCUCAAUCGUACUCAGCCGAACUGACAGAGGAUGCUGCAGUUAACUCACAGGUUAUCAAGGUGCAGGCUACAGACCUCGAUGGCGGUUUAAACGGUGAUAUCGCGUACUCAGUCCUUGAAGGAGAUGACGAAGAACAGUUUUCGAUCUCAGACGGAGGUGUAAUUUCCACCCGAUUGCCACUGGACAGAGAAACGAAAUCUUUAUAUAACCUAGUUGUCCUUGCUCAAGAUCGAGCUGCAGUUAUAUCGCAACGCCUCUCAUCGACGUGUCAGGUGUCGAUAGUCGUACGUGACGUAAACGAUGUCACGCCAAAUUUCAUUACCCCCAACGUAACCUCCAUUGUUGAAAAUGCGCCAAUCAAUGCCAUUGUAAUGGCUGUUAAAGCCGUCGAUGGUGAUGAAGGAGCAAAUGCGUUUGUGGAAUACUCGCUUGCCAGCGAUAGCGGUCACAAUGGCAUGUCUUCGAGCUAUGGCGGACAGCAGCGCUUCUCGAUUGGUUCAGUAGAUGGAUUACUUCGAGUGGCCGGCAUACUCGAUAGGGAGAGAGCAGCAAUGCAUGUUGUGCACGUGGUAGCCAGGGAUCGGGGCACACCGGCACGUUCAGCGACUGCUGCGGUUACUGUGAACAUUCUGGACGAUAACGAUCAUUCGCCACAAUUCGAGCGCCCACAAUGGAGUGCCACCGUUAGUGAGAUGGCCCCGACAGGCUUUGCCGUACUCAACGUGUCGGCCACUGAUGCUGACGCAGGCCCGGCAGGAAAGGUGCGCUACGCUAUCGUUGCUGGUGAUCCAAAUCGCGACUUUGUAAUCGAUGAAGAUAGCGGUACGCUACGCGUCAGGAAAACUCUAGACCACGAACGUAAAAGCCGAUAUGUUAUCACCGUACAAGCUGAGGAUAGCGCCAGUGAAACACGUUACGAUACAGCUUCAGUCAGUAUCACUUUAAAGGACGUCAAUGAUCGAGCGCCUACCUUUGCGCAUUCACCGUACGAGGCCGCUCUGGCUGAAAAUACCCCUGUGCCUCCAGGGGGAACGCUAAUUGGCAGAUUGGCAGCUUCGGACGCCGAUGCAGAAUUAGGAGAACUCCACUAUCGGCUUCUAGCAGGCGAUCGUUCGCUGUUCCGCGUCAAUUCAACGACAGGUGAUGUUUACAUUUUACGUAGCCUCGAUCGGGAGCGCACGCCGCUUGCUCACGCUACAAUCGCCGCAGUCGAUUCAGGCUCUCCGCGACUAACGGGAACAGCAUCGCUUGUAUUGCGGGUGGCCGAUGUUAACGACAACUCGCCUGUGUUUGAACGUGGUUCGUACGAGUUGCACGUCAUGGAAAAUCAGCCUGCGGACACUUUUGUUCAUAUAUUGAAGGCGCGUGACGUCGACGAUGGGCUCAAUGCACAACUCAGGUAUUCUCUUGAAGAUUCUAGUCAAUUCUUCUCGUUAGAUGGCAGCACUGGUGAACUGCGGACAUUGCGUCCUCUUGAUCGCGAGACCACUGCUGUGUAUCAUUUGCGCGUUAACUGCUUAGACCGCAACGGAGGCGAUGGAAGUCGUCGAGCCCAGGUCAACGUGACAGUUCAUGUUGAUGACCAGAAUGAUAACGCGCCACAGUUUGACAGGAGCGUCUAUGAAAUCCGAAUUUCAGAUAAUGCCAACGCUGGACAUUUUGUCUUUGGAACACAAGCACGUGAUGCAGAUUCGGGUGCGAACCGCCGUGUGGCCUAUCAGUUAGCAGGAUCUGAUGCUGGACUAUUUCAAGUGGAUGCCUAUACUGGAGUGGUGAAGUUGGCGCAUCGUUUGCCAACUCGCAGCCUCGGCAGUUCCAGCGUACCAUUCGAAAUUCGGAUUUUCGCCACUGAUAGAGGCGUAGUGCCUUUAUCAACUAAUGCGACGCUUCGUGUCCGAGUUCACAAACAUGAUGAAUUUCCUGUGUUUUUGGCUGGACGAAGGGAGUUCAUCAUAGGCGAAGACGCACCCAUGGGAAAGCGUCUGACAAGAGUACAAGCGAAAACAUCUAUUCGUCCUGCAGAAAUCCUUUAUGGCGUUGCUGGCGGUAACAUGGAUAACGUGUUUUCGGUAAACGCCCAGAAUGGCGAAGUAAGUGUGGUCCAAUCACUUGAUUUUGAGACUACCCCCUCAUUUCGACUGUGGCUGCAAGCUGAAGAUAGGGUGUCGGGGCUUGCCGCUUUUACCGAACUUUCCAUCGUGGUUACGGAUGUCAAUGACAAUUCACCGAUCUGCAAACAAUUGGUGUACAAUGUAACAGUUUUGGAAGAACAACAAGCCCCCGAAUUUGUCACGGAAAUCGAAGCUACAGACGCGGAUGAAGAGGAGAAUGGUGAAGUUGUUUUUCAGCUAGCGCAGUCUAUCCCAGUGGGUACUUUAGAGUCAGUUGGGGUAAGAGUUGAUUCGCCGAACGAAGCUGGAAUCCCACCACCAUCGACUUCUCCACCGUUCUCAAUUGAAGCGAGAUCAGGAAAGAUAUUUACUACUGCUAAACUCGACCGGGAAAGCAUCGACCACUAUCAGUUGAUUGUUGAAGCUGUCGAUCGCGGCACGCCUACAAGAACAGGGACAUGUUCGGUUUAUGUGCAUGUUGCUGACAAAAAUGAUAACACACCGCGUUUCACCCGGCUAUUUACUGCAAAUGUAACGGAAAAUUCACCAAUUGGUCAUUUCGUCAUUCGAAUUACAUCGUCAGACGCCGACAUCGGGCCAAACGCUCAGGCGACAUACACCCUAUUUGACGAUCCUGAUCGUGCGUUUGCUAUUGAUGAGCAUACUGGAGACGUAACUGUGGCUGGCCCUAUCGACCGUGAGACACGUGACGAGUAUCUGCUAAAGGUUUCAGUCUUCGACGGAGCCUGGAAACAGGUGACCUCAUUAACGAUCGCUGUCUUAGACGCCAAUGAUAAUGCACCAGAGUUUUCUAAACCAUCGUACGAGUUCCUUGUCGCCGAAAGCCAACAGCAGCAAAAACGUGAGGUGCAAACGUUUGUCGGAAUGGUCCGAGCCACCGAUAGGGACAAAAUUGGCUCGACGAUUGCGUUCUCUUUGUCACGGCCGUCGGAUCUAUUCCGCAUUGAUCCGCUCAGUGGAAACAUCACUUCAAAGCGACCCCUUAUCUAUAGACCCGCCGGCGGAGGAAGACUAUCACACGAGAACGUGCAUCGUUUACAGGUCAUCGCUACCGACCAUGGGAAACCGCGUUUGUCAUCCGAGGCUACCGUGAUCAUUCAGGUCGUAGAUAGUAACAAUCAUGCACCGGUCUUCCAACGCGAUCUAUACUUUAUCCCAGUACCUGAGUCGAUGCCAGCUGAUUCCAAAUUAGCCCAGCUGAUUGCAGCAGAUACUGUUGACGAAGGGGUAAACGCAAUGGUCUUUUACAGUUUAGCUAGUCAAGGUAAUGCCAGCGAAAGUGGACUUUUACGCAUUAAUACGGAGAAUGGCUGGCUGACCCUCACCCGCAGUGUUCACGGCCGUCGGGGACAAUGCUUCGAGGCGUGGGUUAUUGCCCGGGAUGGAGGCGUGCCAGCGAAAGCUGCGCGGACACAUGUCAUACUCGAGGUGACCGCCGAAAAUGUACACGCGCCCGUAUUUACGUCUUCGAUUUACCAGGCAAGCGUGGGUGAGGAUGCCGUAGAAGGUUUUGAAGUUUUGACAGUUCGCGCGACAGAUGCUGAUGACGGUAUUAAUGGAAUGAUAGUCUACGAACUCCAGCUUCUAGAAGACCAUCUUGGUGCCCGCGAAAAGUUUUUGAUCGACGAAAGAAGUGGUGCGGUUAGGGUCAAUAACAGCUUAGACUAUGAAACCGAUCGGGAGUAUUUACUUCGGGUAGUGGCUAAGGAUCGAGGAUUAAAGGCGCUCUCUGCGAGCGUCGAUCUCAUCAUUACGAUAUUGGAUGUUAACGACUGUCCACCCUUGUUCAACGCAAGCGAGUUUCACGCUGCAGUAUUCGAAAAUGAGCCUAUUGAUACCGUCGUCACACAGCUGAUAGCCACUGACGCAGAUUCUGUACGUAAUCAGGUUAUUCAAUAUUCAUUGUUGGGUCCAACAAUUGGUCAUCGAUUUGCUAUUGAUUCACAUUCCGGUGUAGUGGUUGCUAAGAAGUCACUGGAUUUUGAAGCGGAGAAACAAUUCGAGCUUGAAAUCGUCGCUAGUAAUCCUGGCACAGUCCAAUUCAGCUCAUGCAAGCUUGUCGUGGAGAUUCUCGGUCGCAACGAAUUUCUGCCAAAGUUCACCGAUCCCGUAUUCCAGUUCCAAGCCAGCGAAUCAGACCCCGUUGGACGUGUGGUCGGAACAGUGAAAGCAACUGAUGAGGACGCUGGCGUUGACGGUGAGGUACUUUACUUCCUUGUAGGAGCCUCGAACGAAAGAGGUUUUAAGCUCGACUCACGAACAGGUGUACUAACAGUAGCACGGCGACUGGACCGCGAGGAUGAGGCUCGUGUUGUUCUAACAGCAAUCGCUAAAAACCGUGGUGCGAUUCGUGGGAACGACACAGAUGAAGCCCAGGUGAUCAUCUCGAUUCUUGACGGAAAUGAUCCUCCGCUAUUUAACAAGUUAAUCUACCAAGCCAAAGUUUCCGAAAACGCCGAAACAGCAAGCUACAUUCUGACUGUAACUGCAACCGAUAAAGACGUCAGACCAAACAACAAUCAGUUCUACUAUACCAUUUUAAAUGGUAACAACCAGAAUGCCUUUGCAAUAGAUCCGCACACUGGUGAUAUACAUACGGCGUCUCGCCUCGACCGCGAAAAGGUUUCCGAAUACAACCUGACCAUUGGAGCGGUCGAUAAUGGAACUCCACCACAAACUGGUAUUGCAACUCUGCUUGUUACUGUCGAUGAUAUAAAUGAUAAUGCUCCAUACUUCGACGACGCAGAUAUGAUCGGCUAUGUGGCAGAAAAUGAACCCGCGUACAGUUCGGUUAUGGCACUGAGCGCUCGCGACCGUGAUCUUCCUCCUAACGCCGGACCUUUCACUUACCUGCUGGUCGGCGGUCCACAUGCGGAUAAAUUUGAGAUUGAGCGUCACAGUGGUCUCGUGCGCACAACGACGUCGCUCGACCGAGAAACCACUCCGGAGCUGAGCUUUAUUGUUGAAGCGCAUGACAGUGGAGUACCUACACACAAGUCUCGUACAUGCAUCACUGUUCGUGUUCGUGAUAAAAACGACAACCCAUCGAGUCCUCGCGACGUUACUAUCAUCGUUUGGGUGCUAAACAAUGUGUUCCCUGGUGGGAAAAUCGCCGAAGUGGCCCCGCUUGAUCCUGACAUCGUCGGAGAUUACUCCUGUCGUCUAAGUGACUCAGGCAAAGAUUCCGUAUUUAGUCUCGCUCGACACUGCUCUUUACAUGCCCGUCGCACCCAGAGUCCACAGAACUUUUCCCUCAGCGUCCGUGGCAAUGAUGGCCGUCAUCCUGAUGUGAGGUCUAGCGUGUCGGUACACUUCCGAUCAUUUGAUGAUAUUGCUGUCAAACACGCUGUCACGUUACGGACGACGAAAGGGAUAUCAGCUGACGACUUCGUAUCCGCUAAAGAUUAUGACAUGUUCGUAAAGCUGCUUGACGAUGCCACUAGCUACAUUGGGACUCCUCUUGUGUUCAGCAUUGCGGAAGAGGAACCUCCACUUGUUCCUAGUGGAACUGAAGGCUACGAACAAGCUCCGCCUAGUCAUCACCAUUCGCUCCAAGUAACGCUGGCCGUACAGAAACGAUCAGGUGUUUAUGCUUUGCCAUCGGAAGUGAAGACAGCGUUGCGCGAAUCUGCCGAAUUAGCUUCGAUGUUCACUGUCGGCUACGAACCAUGUGACGCUCGACCGUGCCUCAACGGAGCUCACUGCCAGUCACGUUUGGAGAACCGCGGCCGUCUGCAAAUCAGCAGCUCUCCCAGCAGGAUUAUAACGACGCCUGUCGUGUUACGCCGUCCUCGCUGCGCGUGUCCACCAGGAUUUUCCGGUGUUGCUUGUGAAAUACAACGAGAACCCUGCUCGCCCAACCCGUGCGCUUCAGGCAGCACCUGUCAUUACGAUUCGAAGGAAGGUUAUCGUUGUGUAUGCGCACCGCAUUUACACGGCCGACACUGUGAAUUAAAGCGAGUGGACGCCUGCGCGAGUACCCCUUGCCGUAAUGGCGGAUCAUGUGAGAGCGCUCCUGGGGGCGGCGCCUUUUUCUGCCUUUGUCGACCGGGCUUUAAAGGCGCCCUGUGCGAGCAGACCAGCGAUGGAUGCAGACCUAACCGCUGUCGUAAUGGCGGCACUUGUGUGUCAGAGACUCCCGGAGCCACGUCAACUAGCACUGCCGGGUACCGUUGUGCGUGCCCAGCAAACUUCUAUGGACGCCACUGUGAACGAUCGACGUUCGGCUUCCACCCAUACUCAUUUAUGGAAUUCCCUACCUUGCGAGCAGGAACCAAUGAUAUCUCGAUCGUGUUCGCUACCAGUAAACGUGAUGCCUUAUUAGCUUAUAAUUACGGAGGACAAAGUGGAGGUCGCAGCGAUUUCGUCGCCCUUGAACUUGUUGAGGGACGUGCUCGGUUCAGUUUUGGAGGUGCACGAUCAGCUAUUAGCCGCGUGAGUGCCGGUGGUGACCUCGCUGACGGACGUUGGCACAAGGUUAGUGUCAUUCGCAAUGGGCGUACGGCUGCUCUGGCCGUUGCUUCUUGCCAGCACCAUGGUGAACUCUGCGAUGAUUGUGCGCCGGGUAACACCUCCUGCUCUGCUUCCAUCACCGGUCACACAGGCACGCUUUCUUUCAACAACUAUCCGCUUUACCUGGGUGGGCUACCGCUCGUGGAGUCAAUCGUGGAGCGUCCUGGGCAACUGGCGUCGGAUGAUUUCGUUGGCUGUGUCCACUCUGUGGCCGUAAAUGGCAAAAGCCUACAGCUUGAUGCGCCGGUAAGGUCGGCACACGUCACUGAUCAAUGCCCUCGCCCUGCGGAUCCUUGCAGCGUCGGUAAAACGCCGGGAAGCACUCCAACCUCGUCUGGACCAACUACAACCUAUGGAUCAGGCAAUGAUCUUUGCGGUCUGCGCGGUCAAUGUAUCGAUGAGUGGUUCUCGGCAUCAUGUGUUUGCCCUUCUGGACUAAUUGCAAGUGAUUGCGGACCGGCACUAGACGCUCCAGAGCAAGCCUUCUCAUUAACAGCAAACGGGGCGGGUUUUGUCGAGAUGACACCCAACGAAAAACAUAAAAGGUCUCAUUUGCAUCACGGUGGAGUUAGCAACAGCGGAAACAACCGCCCGAUGUCGUCCCAGCGUUCUCUUGAGCCCGAACCGGCAAAAACUCUCUCGUUUAGUUUCCGUACAAAAAACCUCGAAGGACUUCUGCUACUGUCAGAAUCGGAAGGAGACUUUACCUUGCUAGAACUCGUUGCCGGGACCCUUACGUAUCGUUCUCAAUAUAAAGGCGAACGCGUUUUGUCAGCGUCAAUAGAUAUUCCAGUUGCAGACGGCUCCUGGCAUUUGGUAACACUCACUCGUUAUAAUUACCCCGCGCUUUGGGUUAGCCUUUCCGUCGAUCAUGCCGUAGUCGAACUCCGUCCACCUUCUACAGGACAAGGAAGUGUUUUUCCCGCUACGAUCUCUGGUGGUCACAUGGGCCGCGGUGUCCAUGAUUUUCUUGACCCAUUCGUUUCAGUGAUAGCUUUUGGCGGUCCACCUAAACCUUUUCUAAAUCAGCAAAAUCCUACGAAUCAAGCACAGUCAACUGGAAGCGACGAACUAGUCCGUGCCAUGUCGACACCCGCAUUACAAGGCUGUAUACGACGCAUAGCAGUCAACGGCGAGUUACAAACGGCGAACGCUAAUGCGACCCGGGCUACGUAUUUUUCACUCGCAGUGCGGGGAUCCGCUGCCGUGGGCUGUAGCGAUGAUGCCGGAGGUGCUUUGGGCUCUGCUCGUGACCCGUUAAACAUCGGCGUCAUCGCGGUGGUUGUAUUUUUUGCAAUUCUUAUCUGCGGCCUAUUGGCCAGCUAUGUGACCUUUAAACAGUGUAAACUACAAGAGCGAACAGGGGGCAACAAAGCUAAAGAUAAGAUCUCGAACACGUACGUGGCUGGCGGGACGAACACGAAUGGUGUAACGAAUAAUAAUCAAGAGGAUAUUAUGCUUCAGAAUAAUGCAGCCAGUGUCACAAGUGGCCGAUUAGAUGGUCCUCACGCAGGACCGCCGAAAAAGAUCAUGCGAGUUCCUCCUGAUGCCGCUCUGUCCGCUGUACCUAUCUUGCCUUUGAACGCCAAAGUUUUCGAUGGUAACGCCGUGGUUUCAACACCCAUGCCACGUUUUGCUUUGUUAAACUCUGAAGCUACAAAUGCACCUCUAAGUUCAGAAAUACCUGAGUGUUACGACCUAGAGAACGCUUCUAGUAUUGCCCCCUCGGAUAUCGACAUCGUUUAUCACUAUAAGGCCUUCCGCGACGGCGCUCGCAAAGGACAGGGUGGCAAACACUUGCCAAAUAACAGCGUCCCACUUCCUCCACCAUAUGCAGCUUCGGCCCACCGUCUUAGUCCGGGCAGCAUCUCUCACGGUUCUUCAAGUCUUGUGCUUGCUCGAGAUACCAACCAUAGCGCGUUGUCUCAACGGUUAAGCCCUCUGGGCGGUGUGGGAAUUGCAUUAUCACAGAACAGCGCACCGUUAGCGCGUCUGAGCCCAUCAAGUGAGAUGUCCCAACAAGCACCCCGUAUCCUAACGCUACAGGACAUUUCGGGUAAGCCUAUCCAGAGAGCGUUGUUGGCAGGCAAAGGCACAAUGGGCGCUUCGGAGUGUUCUGGACUCACAUCACCAGUCAGCAGUCAAGCGCCAUCGAGUCAAAGUCAAAUAACCGUAAGCUCAGUACCCGCAAAGCCGAUGACUACCGUUCAGCUAGCGAAGUUAAAGGGCACACCUACGCGAGAAAUAGAGCUAGGCCUCACACAAGAUGAAAUUGAUAGGCUUAACUUCCGUCGCAAUUCCAGCCUCGUACGUACUCUAGACGGCGUGACAUCUGAUACCGAUGACGACGUUGGUCAUGCCUUGAACUCGCUACAUGCUGACGACGGAGACGCGAACACCGAUGUGCGUGAAGAUGACUCAAGCGCUGACGAAUCUGGCGGUAACGAAAGUUUUACAUGUUCGGAGUUCGAAUACAAUGGACAGCACAAUUACGAGAAGAUCCGCCAGCGAUCGAAGCGCCGGCAACAACCAUCGGAAUCUCGGCGUGUUUACGGGCACGGAACAGUGGACAACAACACAGAUACGGAACUAGAGGAUAAGAUCUAUAACACAGGAAACCAUGCCUACGAGGUUCCGCCUCCAGGACCCCCCGGAGCACCUACUACAGAUUGGAAUUUAUCAGCUGCUUGGAGUCAGCCACCUCCCUUACGCAUUGGAUCAUUAUCGCAAUUGCGAGCGACAGGCACAGCUGCCGCAGCUGCUCACUCACGGCAGAAUUCACGUGACUCGACGUUUUGUUCCAUGCCAGCUGGGGCUCCGAUUGUACACUCGCGGCAGGGUUCCCGAGACUCGAACUUUUCAACGAAACGUGCAUCCAUACAUGGUAGCAUACACAGUGUGCACACGGCGAAUACACACGCAUCUAAUGUUCAUGGGGGCAGCUUACACAACAUUGCCCAUUCACGCCAAGCUUCAAAAGACUCAACAUACUCAAACCGGAGCGCCAAUCAUCGUGGCCCGAGUGGUCGUCAAUCAAAAACGAAAGAAGAAUACGUUUAGUAACGACAGUAUGAACUGCCAUAUACAGAAAUAGAGACUAGAAUUUAGAAUUACCGAUACUUAUCGAUGCGCUUGUUAAUAAGUUAGCUUCAUCAAACCGCCGAUCCUAUUCAAAUGGCAGACGUUAUGGUGUCAUUGUUACAAAGUACCCGAAGUUGGAUUAAUUCAAAAAAGUAGGUAGACUUCUCAAGUGCAUACGGGAAAGGAUGCUACGAUCAAACCCCCAAAACGAACUGUACAUAAUAUAUAUAUAGAAAUUUCGGUUCAAUUUCGGAUAUGUUAAUAGGCGGUUGUGUUAGCAGAAAACAUUGACAGUAAAAUUCAACGGAUACACCCAGUGUUGUACAUAGUAGACCCUUUUCGUAUAGGCGAAUUUGUUGUACAUAUUGCAUUUUCUUUUUUAAGUUCUUCUUUCUUUUUUAUACCGAAAUAUACGUGAAACCACGGGUAGCUUGAACCCGAUGGUGUAUCCUUGAACCCUUUUGGCCAAUAAAAUAAAUUGCAGUCGAUCUCUCGUAAUAUCGUGUGCAAAGUGCCAUUUUUACUAAUUUUCACAUCGUAGCCAGCAUCCGAGGGUCACUCACAAGCGUUGACCUGCACAAAGCGGCGAAAAUUCGAGCCAAUAUUAAAUACGUGCCACUUGUACAGUGUAAAAUACAAAAUUAUAUUAACAAAUUCCAUGCGUAGACAGUAGACGAAAACGUUAGGUGAGGAGAUUGCGUAAGCAAGUUUCCAUUGCCAUUGGCAAUAGCGUGCGUCAGCGUACCAAACAAGCUUUGAAUGAACAAAAAAAACGAAUACAAUACUCGCGAAAUUGCAUAUACGUAAGCAAAAUAAUAACACAAAGUGUAUAGAGCAUUGCAGAAACACGUACGAUUACGUAGUGCACGAUAAAAUGUACCUCUAUUUGAAUCGGUAUCAAUCACUGCUCAUGCGGAGGCCAUAGUACGACAAAAACAAUGAUACUGCAAGAUACAAUUGUACGUGUUGAUUUUAUUAAGUAGAGUUUUAUUUGGACAUUUAUUUUAGAUGCCUAAAGCAACAUUUUUCAUAAUUCUGCUGUAAACAUAGCACAGUACAGCGCCGUGUGAUUUAGCAAUGAGCAGCUAAGGGACCAGAUCAAGAUUAAGGAUGAAACUCUAGCAUUUCAAACGGCACUACAAAAAAUACGCCUCGUUAUUAACAAAUCAAAAUUUUAUUGUGUAUAUGUAUAAGUGUAAAUAUCGACUUGCAGUCUAAAUACUUAUAAACGUAAAUACAGUAAAUAAAUGGACUAAAUGUCUAAAAAUUGUA